AUGCCCUUGCCGUGUGCGAGCGCGGAGCGCCUCGCCGCUGCUCCCUGCAGCAGCCUGCUGCCGUACAUCACACCGCACUUGCUAAUAGAACAAGGCACGGCAGACCGAGGAAAUACCGGGAGUGGCGGACAGAAUCUGGUGACGGAAGAUGUGACGGUCGUGGAGGGAGAUGUUGCCACCAUCAGCUGUCGGGUGAAGAACAGCGAUGACUCGGUGAUUCAGCUCCUCAACCCCAACAGACAGACCAUCUAUUUCAGAGAUUUCAGACCGCUCAAGGACAGCAGGUUCCAGCUGGUGAACUUCUCCAACAGCGAGCUCCGAGUGUCGCUGACAAACGUCUCCAUCUCCGACGAAGGAAGAUACUUCUGCCAGCUCUACACUGAUCCCCCGCAGGAAAUUUAUACCACCAUUACCGUGCUCGUGCCGCCACGCAACUUGGUGAUUGAUAUCCAGAAGGAAGUUGCCGUGGAGGGAGAAGAGAUAGAGCUGAACUGCACCGCCAUGGCCAGCAGACCAGCCACCACCAUCAGAUGGUUCAAAGGAAACAAGGAGCUAACUGGCAAAUCCGAAGUGGAGCAGUGGUCCGACAUGUACACGGUGACCAGUCAGCUGCUGCUGAAAGUGGCCCGGGAGGAUGACGGGGUCCCCGUCAUCUGCCUGGUGGACCACCCCGCCGUCAAGGACUUGCAGACGCAGCGCUACCUGGAAGUCAUGUAUAAGCCUCAAGUGCGGGUGUCUCAGAACUACCCGGUGCAAGGCCUCACGAGAGAAGGGGAGCCCCUCGAAUUGACGUGUGCAGCUUUCGGAAAGCCACAGCCUACGGACAUGAGGUGGUUAAGAGUAGAUGAUGAGAUGCCUCAACACGUUGUAGUGUCUGGUUCAAACCUUCUCAUUAGUAACCUAAACAAAACAGAUAAUGGUACAUACCGCUGUGAGGCUUCAAACGCGGUGGGGAAAUCACAUGCGGAUUACAUGCUGUUUGUAUACGAUCCCCCCACAACUAUCCCUCCUCCCACAACAACCACCACCACUACCACCACCAUCCCUACCACCAUCACAGACACAACGGCGACGACAGAACCGGCAGUUCACGGCUUUACUCAGUUGCCAAAUUCCGCAGAGGAGCUGGACUAUGGGGAUCUCUCAGAUUCUCGUGCAGGUGAGGAAGGGGCAAUAAGGACGGUGGACCAUGCAGUGGUUGGUGGCGUGGUGGCCGUGGUGGUGUUUGCAAUGCUUUGCCUGCUCAUCAUUUUAGGGCGAUAUUUUGCCAGACAUAAAGGCACGUACUUCACGCACGAAGCCAAAGGAGCCGAUGACGCCGCGGACGCCGACACGGCCAUCAUCAACGCCGAGGGAGGCCAGAACAACUCGGAGGAGAAGAAGGAGUAUUUCAUCUAGAGCGCCGCGCGCGCCCGCCCGCCCGCCCGCGAGGUGUCCAACCGCGGACAGCUACUGCCCAGCGAAGCCACUAAGAGACAGUGAGAGGGGAGGUUGCAACCAGCUCGUGUCUUUUCUAAAGAGAAAGCAAGAAGGUGGAGAGCUGUGAGACCGGGAGGCUCCGGGAUUUGCUGUGUAAAAAUAUUCUUCGUAAAGUACACUCUGCUGUUCGACACCUCACUUUGUUUGGGUUUCCUUUUUUUGGCCGAGUCCAGCUUGGAUUUAGUUUAGUGCAGUCCUUCGCAGAGAAUUCUGUGCCUUGUUUUACUUUGGUUCGUUGGGGUUCUCCUGCGGGGGCAGGACGGGGAAGCGGAGGGGCCUGUGCGCGAUUGUUUCCUUUCUCCAGGCGUUUCUCCUCUUUCCCCUCUGGGUUUCCCCGCGGGCGGCCCGUGUCUGGAAUUGCCUGCUGCGCCCCCCUGGACUAGGUUGGUUCCUUUAGAGGUUCCUUUCUCCUUUCGUUCCAUCUUCACUGUUUUGUGCUCCCCAGUGGCUCUCAUCAGAGGAGAACCAGCGCAUGUGCGCGUUGAUAGCAGGCGGUGCGGUGCAGCCCCCCUGCACUCCCUCGCGUGUUGCGGGGGCUCGGCGGCAGCAGCGCCGAGUGCUCCAG